GAGCGUGCGAGCGGAGAUGCUGCUGCACACAGCUCAGACCGCCUGCAGCAGCAACAACGCUCACAGCCACUGCGGCGACUUCAGAGAGAGGGCUCCCGAGGCCGGUGGGACCACGAUUCUCUGCGCGGUCCCCACGGGGCUACGACCCGGCAGACGCCCAUUGGGGUUGCAGACGUCUGGUGAGCUGCAGAAGCCGGUGGAGAAGAGCCCGGAGCGCCUCGGUUCUGCAUCAGCCCCGGCGCUGCCCUCUACAGGCUCCCUGCUCUCUGCUCCCAGUCUCGGGCACCAUGGACACCUCCUGCGUCCACAUGCUCCUGUCCUUGCUGGCGCUGCUGCAGUUGGUGGCCGCCGGCAGCUCACCGGGACCAGAUGCGAUACCGCGGGGCUGCCCAUCACACUGUCACUGUGAGCUGGAUGGCAGGAUGCUGCUCAGGGUGGACUGCUCGGACCUGGGGCUCUCGGAGCUGCCCUCCAACCUCAGCGUCUUCACCUCCUACCUGGACCUCAGUAUGAACAACAUCAGUCAGCUACCCGCCAGUCUCCUACAUCGCCUCUGCUUCCUAGAAGAGUUACGUCUUGCUGGAAAUGCUUUGACACACAUUCCCAAGGGAGCGUUCACGGGCCUUCACAGCCUCAAAGUGCUUAUGCUGCAGAACAACCAGCUGAGACAGGUUCCGGAGGAAGCGCUACAGAAUUUGAGAAGCCUUCAAUCCCUGCGCCUAGAUGCCAACCACAUCAGCUACGUGCCACCCAGCUGUUUCAGCGGCCUGCACUCCCUGAGGCACCUGUGGCUAGAUGACAAUGCUCUCACAGACGUCCCUGUCCAGGCUUUCAGAAGUUUAUCAGCCCUGCAAGCCAUGACCUUGGCCCUGAACAAAAUACACCACAUAGCAGACUACGCCUUUGGAAACCUCUCCAGCCUCGUGGUUCUGCAUCUCCAUAAUAAUAGAAUCCACUCCCUGGGAAAGAAAUGCUUUGAUGGACUCCACAGCCUGGAGACUUUAGAUUUAAAUUAUAAUAACCUUGAUGAAUUCCCCACUGCAAUCAAGACACUCUCCAACCUUAAGGAACUAGGAUUCCACAGCAACAACAUCAGGUCAAUACCGGAGCGAGCGUUCGUAGGCAACCCUUCUCUUAUCACAAUACACUUCUAUGACAACCCCAUCCAAUUUGUUGGAGUAUCUGCUUUUCAGCAUUUGCCUGAACUAAGAACACUGACUUUGAAUGGUGCCUCGCACAUUACUGAAUUUCCUCACUUGACAGGAACUGCCACCCUGGAGAGUCUGACUUUAACUGGAGCAAAGAUCUCAUCUCUUCCCCAGGCCGUCUGUGAUCAGUUACCUAAUCUCCAAGUGCUAGAUUUGUCUUACAACCUACUCGAAGACUUACCCAGUUUGUCAGGCUGCCAAAAACUUCAGAAAAUUGACCUGAGGCAUAACGAGAUCUAUGAAAUUAAGGGCAGCACUUUUCAGCAGUUGUUUAACCUCCGAUCUCUGAACUUAGCAUGGAAUAAAAUUGCUAUCAUUCACCCCAAUGCGUUUUCUACGUUGCCGUCUCUAAUAAAGUUGGACCUAUCAUCCAAUCUCCUGUCGUCCUUCCCUGUGACUGGGUUACAUGGUUUAACUCACUUAAAAUUAACAGGGAACCGAGCCUUACAGAGCCUGAUACCAUCUGCAAACUUCCCAGAGCUCAAGAUUAUAGAAAUGCCAUCUGCUUACCAGUGUUGUGCAUUUGGGGGGUGUGAGAAUGUCUAUAAAAUUUCUAACCAAUGGAAUAAAGACGACGGCAACAGUGUGGACGACCUUCAUAAGAAAGACGCUGGGUUAUUUCAAGUUCAAGAUGAGCGGGACCUUGAAGAUUUCCUACUUGACUUUGAGGAAGACCUGAAGGCCCUUCACUCGGUGCAGUGCUCGCCUUCCCCAGGUCCCUUCAAGCCCUGUGAGCACCUAUUUGGUAGCUGGCUGAUCCGAAUCGGGGUGUGGACCACGGCAGUACUGGCGCUUUCCUGCAAUGCCUUGGUGGCUUUGACCGUGUUCAGAACUCCUCUGUACAUCUCUUCCAUAAAGCUGCUAAUUGGGGUAAUCGCGGUAGUGGACAUUCUCAUGGGGGUCUCCAGUGCUGUGCUGGCUGCCGUGGAUGCAUUCACUUUUGGCCGUUUUGCUCAGCACGGUGCGUGGUGGGAAGACGGAAUCGGCUGCCAAAUCGUUGGCUUCCUGUCCAUUUUUGCUUCCGAAUCGUCGAUCUUCCUGCUCACUCUGGCAGCGCUGGAACGAGGUUUUUCUGUCAAGUGCUCUUCGAAGUUUGAAGUGAAAGCUCCCCUUUUUAGCCUGAGAGCGAUCGUUUUGCUAUGUGUCCUGUUGGCCCUGACCAUUGCCACAAUCCCCUUGCUAGGAGGCAGUAAGUACAAUGCCUCUCCCCUCUGCCUGCCCUUGCCCUUUGGGGAGCCCAGCACCACGGGCUACAUGGUGGCUCUCGUGUUGCUCAACUCUCUCUGUUUCCUCAUAAUGACCAUUGCCUACACAAAGCUCUACUGCAGUUUGGAGAAAGGAGAGCUGGAGAAUCUUUGGGAUUGUUCGAUGGUGAAGCACAUUGCUCUGUUGCUCUUCGCCAACUGCAUCCUUUACUGCCCCGUGGCUUUCUUAUCCUUCUCCUCUUUGCUAAACCUCACCUUUAUCAGUCCUGACGUCAUUAAAUUUAUACUUCUCGUGAUCGUCCCACUUCCUUCCUGUCUCAACCCACUUCUCUACAUUGUCUUCAAUCCCCAUUUUAAGGAGGAUAUGGGCAGCCUGGGAAAGCAUACCCGUUUCUGGAUGAGAUCAAAACACGCGAGUCUGCUGUCCAUUAACUCGGACGAUGUUGAGAAACGGUCCUGUGAGUCAACCCAAGCCUUAGUAUCCUUUACCCACGCCAGCAUAGCCUAUGACUUGCCUUCCACUUCCGGGGCAUCACCAGCUUACCCCAUGACUGAAAGCUGUCAUCUCUCUUCAGUUGCAUUUGUCCCAUGUCUCUAGUGACUAUGAGAGAGGAACGUUUUUAAGAGUUGGAAACCUGAAAAGUGAUUUCUAUCAGAGCAGUAGCUAAGAAAAGCUGAGCUAAAAACCUACCUUAAAACCCAAGCAAACAUCUCUAAAUUGGUGUGGAAACAGUGGUGCCUUAGAGCAGGAGAGCAUCAUUAAACACCGCUUGUAUCAUUUGUUCAGCUAAGAAGGAAAGCCAUCAAGUCACUUAGGUGAACCCAGAUGAGAAAAGCAGCCUGAAAUGCUCUUCGCAUUGUAGUCUCUUCUGACUCACCAGCAUAGUCUCCCAUAGUGAGAAGACUCGUUGGAUGACUCAAUGGGUGUAUUUAAAUCCACAAAUUCCUUGUUUAAAAGGUUAGAGUUUUAAGAAAAAAAAAAAAAAGGAUCUUUAAUGGGCUAUGUUGCCCACAGAGUUUAGUUUUAAUGGCUACACAGAGAUGGUUGUGUGUCUUUUUGCCUUUUGACGGACAGGCUCCUUCCAAGACACCAGUUUCUUGGACUGACAUUUUUAAUCCAUAUAUAAAUUUAAGAUACUGGCUUCUAAGCCGGGCGUGGCGGCGCGCGCCUUUAAUCCCAGCACUUGGGAGGCAGAGGCAGGUGGAUUUCUGAGUUCGAGGCCAGCCUGGUCUACAAAGUGAGUUCCAGGACAGCCAGGACUAUACAGAGAAACCCCUGUCUCAAAAAACAACAACAACAACAACAACAAAAAGACACUGGGUUAUAUAGAUAAGUAUCCAGUGCAUUCUCCCUUGCUGAGAUAAAACUGGUUUCAAGGUUUUUUGGAACAUUAACUUAAAUGGUUCCUCGAGCAAUUAUAUAUAGGUAAGAUUUGGUUAUCUUCCUCGAGCAAUUAUAUAUAGGUAAGAUUUGGUUAUCCUGAUUCGUCUUUUAAAAUCCUGGAGUCUGAAGCUCAGAAAGUUCGUUGUCAGCCGUGGUCAUAGCUACGAAAGACAGUAUGAAAUUGUCGGAUCUGUAUUUAUUUCUGAGUAGGAGCAUGCUUCUGGCAAGAUGUUCAUCACUCUCUCAAAUGGCUGUGCAUUUUCAGUGCUCAAACGCAGGGCGUUAAGUCCACUGUGUAACUUCACACACCCAUCUCUGGUAGCUCGAGCAACAAUGCCUCUCCACACUUCGGACUCAACAGAAACUGGGCAAAGUAGGAUUCGGUGCAUUUAGCUUGGUUUUAGCUGUGUCUUGUUUCCGGAUCAACCACUUGAUAUGAAGUUCAUUACUUCUCUGCUUAGUCCAUAUUCACGCAGGUGUUCGAUGUUUCAAGACAAAUUGUUAAAUCUGGAGAGCGAAAGGUUUAUUCUUAACUUCUGUGAUCUUACAUUAGCUUUGCUGCACCCGAACCAAAAGGCCAUUAGGUAGAUUUAUUUUUAUAUAAGCAUGUUUUAUUUUGACCAGAUGUUUUAAUGUGGAAUUUAAAAAAAAAUACAUUUAUGAGAUGUUUUAUAAGAUGUGUACAUAUAGACUUGUAUUUAUUGCUACAGGAAAAAUGCAGUGACAUUAAAGAACAUGAUAAUAAACCAUGUACAGUAGCCUAUUCUCCCAGACAUAUUGUUUCUCUGCCAAUUUCCCCAAUGCAUUAACUGUACAUAACACAUGUAAAUACGUAGUGCUUGUAAAUAGAUCCAGAAUUUGCUUUUCUACUGGGCUCAAAAUAAAUUUGUAAUAAAAUGUGUGACUUGCAAAAC